CAGCAGCAUCUACCGGUUUGGGGGGGUUUCUUAGUGAUGCAGUUCAGAAGACUGUUACAGAAUUAUUGGUUAUCUCUUUGAUGCAGGACUGACUCAGCAUUUGGAUUAGUUAUUGUGAUACCAAGAAAAUGAAGCGCUCAGGACAUGAAACAGGGUGUGCGCUGCACCUAACCGAACACUGAGCCACUCCCCAACCCUGCCCUUCGCAUGACAACUAAUGUUAAGCUCAUCUUCUGUCAAACUGUCAUUAAGACGGAUAACGCUUCCAUUCUGACGCAUAAUCCCGCCACUGAGAACCACUGACAGCAGCUUCAAAGCCAUCACAGAGCUUCUUGCAAAUUCACUUUUUUUCUUCUUCUUCUCAGAGCUCCUCAGACGAUGUAAAGAAGGUGAUGCGGAGGGAGAAGAACCGACUCGCCGCUCAGAAGAGCAGGAUGAGACAAACCCAGAAAGCUGACAGCCUUCACUUGGAGAGCGAGAACCUGGAGAAGGAGAACGCCGCCCUGAGGAAGGAGGUGAAGCAGCUGACCGAGGAGGCCAAGUACCUGUCCUCCGUCCUGAGCAGCCACGAGCCCCUGUGCACCGGCCUGGCUCCUCAGACCCCCGACCUCCUGUACACUCCUCACCACAGCAGCUACCAUCACCAGCACAUCGCUGUCCCACACUACCAGCACUGACCCGGCUGACUGCUGAAGACGUGCUGCGAAAAAGAAAAAGAAAAAAAGAAAACAACAAAAAAAAACAAAACAGACGACUGACCUCAAAGGAGAGAGAGACUGACCGGAGACGUGUCGUGUUGACGAUUGUUUAAAAACCCGACCCAGGAGCGACGCGACAGGCCGCCACGUCUGCCAAAAACAAUGAGAGCCCGACUGUAACAUGUAUUCGGUAUUCGAAAACUAUUUAUUUUGCUUUCUGCUCAUCUGUUUGCUUUUUUUUUUUAUUCCUGAUUGAUAUCACGCGUGAACUUCGACGGCUUCGAUGAGUAGAACUGUCCACCAGUCCGUGUUUACAUCAGGAGACAGCCGAGUGUGCGUUCAGGUGACUCAGGCGAUAUUUUUGUAAAUGGCUUAUUUCUAGUGUCAUGGAGAGCACCUCUGUCAUCCUGUCAUGUUUUUAUUUUUAUUGUGUGUGUGUUUCUCGUGUUUUUAAUGUGUUUCAGUAUGUAAAUGUCGAUCGAUAAUGCUCAGGAGCUUUUGACAGAUUUGAUUGUGGACAAAGAGAAUGUAAAGUCAAGAUUUUAAAAAAAACAACAACAAAGAAAAACGAGGCUUUUAUGUACCAAAUAAGAAACGGCUGGCAGUGAAGAAGAAAAGAACGGGUAUUCAAAAAGGUCUUGACUUGUGUACUGGCGAUGAAGCCGAUGUGUGAGAAGAACCAGCAGAUAUUAUAUUUAUUAAAUGUGAUGCCUUUUGGAUGAUCA